AUGGCGAGCGCAAAUUGCUGGAGGUGCCUAUCACGGCCCUCACAGCGAUUGCUUAUGCCCACAUCCUUGUUAACACCGAUAUCGAUGAUACCGACGGCAGCGUUCACGACUUCGGCGCCGAGCAAUGCCCAGAAGAUUAUGGAACCGGGAAUGUCUAGGCAUGUUCGUGCUGGAAAAAGGUUGACAUUAGGAAAGAAAAAGAAGAGACAAGCCGAUAGGACUAAGCCGCCCGGAACAGGCGAACGAAAAGCGUUUCGAAAACGAAUUCAGCUCAGUAACGACAAUGCGCUGGCAGUGGAGGGUUUAGACGAACUUACAGGCGAAAAUAUCGUAGACCCUAGUUCUAUAGGCCAGGUGGUCAGUCUUCCAGCGACGGCAGUGGACCAAUUGAGGGCUAGUGAGGCCUUCAAACCGACACAGAAUUGGGGUCUGUUUCGGUCGCCACACAUAUUGAUUAGGCAGGAAACAGUCGAUCUAGCGAAGCAACUCACGGAUGCUGUCGGCAAGAAGGAGACGCUGAGACUGGUUAUCACUGGAGAUAGGGUCGCAGGAAAGAGUAUGUUGGCUCUUCAGGCCCUAGCAACUGGAUUCUUGAACAAUUGGAUUGUGAUAAAUAUUCCAGAAGCACAAGAAUUAACAACCGCCGCAACCGAAUACUCUCAAAUACCCAACUCGGAGCAAUUCUCUCAACCCAUGUACAUCAUCAAGCUCUUCCAAUCCAUAUUCAAAUCCAACCAACGGAUCCUAUCACAAUGCAGAGUUGAGCUAGACCACAUACACCUUCCCAUCGCCAUAAACCGCGGUGCGACUCUCGCCGCCCUCGCCAACGCCACAAAGGAGCCCGAGUUCGCCUGGCCCGUAUUCCAGGCCCUCUGGAAGGAACUACUUCUCCCAGGUCGGCCUCCUAUCAUGUUUGCGCUCGACGGUCUCAGCCACAUUAUGCGCAUUAGCGACUACCGCAACCCCGCUUUCCAGCUCAUUCACAGCCACGACCUGAGUCUGGUCCGCCUAUUCACCGAUGCUCUCGGCGGCAAGACGAAGUUUGUAAACGGUGCGGCUAUCCUCGGUGUAACCUCCAAGGGCAACUCGCCUAUCAUACCAUCUAUGGAGAAAGCACUCGAACAAGCCGCCGCAGCCCAAGCCGGCCAACCAAUUCCACCUCGCGACCCCUUUUUCGCCAAGUACGAUGAGCGCGUAUUUGAAUCGCUAAAAGGCGUCAAACUCCUAAACGUCUGCGGUGUGUCUAAGGCAGAAGCUCGCUCGCUUAUGGAAUACUGGGCUGCGAGCGGUGUGCUACGUAUGCGCGUUGAUGAGAAGAAUGUCAGUGAGAAGUGGACAUUGGCGGGUAACGGUGUACUCGGCGAGAUGGAACGGGCUUCGCUGUAUGAUAUUCGGGCUACUGUGUAA